AUGUCUAAUGCACAGCAUAAAAUUUCACUUCCAAAUGGGACACCAUCUUCCAAGACCUCUUCAAGAGCCUCCACAAAAAAGCGAGGACUGCCAAAAAUUUUAAGCUCAUUUUUGCCUACAAAAGACAUAAUGGACAUCAGAAAAAGUCAAAGAAAUCUUGCUUUUGUUUCCGCUGCGAUUUCUAUCCUAACUCUUUUUCUUGCUUUUUUUGAGAAUGAACUGGAAUAUUUUAAUCACCAACACCCUACAAAUUCAAGUAAUAUUCUGCGAUUAAUUAUUAUGAUUGUGACUAUUUUACACAUGUAUUUCAUAUAUAAAUAUUACUUAGGAACGCUGGAAAUCAAAAAAGCAUACAAAGAAGUUACAAAGAAAAGCAAAAUCCAUUAUGACCUUAGGCUGAUGAGAAACAUGACGAUAGAAAUGCUGCUGACAUGCUUUUGUGUCCCACCUUAUAUUAGUUGAAAAGAAAAGUUCCACCAACUAGAGACUUAUGCAAUUUUAUCAAUUUCUGAUAUCAUAUAUGCUCUCUCAUUCUUACGACUAUACCAUAUAGGAAAGCUUCUUUUCGAAACUUCUUCAUUCAACACAGCGAAAGCCUAUUUUUACUCUGCAUUGCAGAAUACCAAGACAUCAGUGUGGUUUACACUAAAGUGCUAUAUGCAAAUGCAUCCAUUUAAAAGUAUAGUAGUAUUAUCUGGUUCUUUAAGUUUGGUAGGUGGACUAAUCCUUCAUGUAUUUGAAAGGACUUCUCCAGCCAGUAGCUUUGACUACAUAUGAGAUGCAUUUUGAAUCCUCGCCUCAACCCAAGAAACAGUUGGCUAUGGCGAUGUAGUUCCUGAAACCCACCUUGGCCGAGCUCUGGUUGUUGUGGCCUGCGUUUUUGGUCCUUUUUUUGUAUCUUCACUAGUUAUCAUAGUAAGAGAAAUCACCUCAUUUUCUGAUAACGAAAUUAAGCUUUAUGCUUUAGUCAAAUACAAAAAAAGGAUUAAAAACAAACUUGCAGAUUUCGCUGCAAUUCUCAUACAAAAAUGGUGAAAAUACGCAAAAAUGCGUGUUGCGAGACAGCCAUUAGCAUUAACAUUAACUAGUAUUAUAAAGGCUCGUCAUAUUGGCGCGGGUUUCCCCUGCCCUACCUUCACCCUUCACGCUUCACCCGGUUGCUCACCAUCGAUCGGGCACGACCUUCAAGAUGUUGCUCCUACUGGACGAGGAUGUGCAAUCGCUACCCGUAGUUGGAUGAGUUACGCCACCUAGCAGUACGUCGACAAGGUUGCCCAUUCCGAAAAUUUGAAAAACAAAAUUUUUCUGGUAGGACUGUCGGCUAAGAUGGAAAUCCAAAGCCUGGGACGUAACGCCCAGUUUCACGCUAGGGAGUUGCCCGAUUGAUCAGGAAGUACCUUCCCGAUGCUGCUGAGCUUCCCCUUUCCAACCUUGGAAACCAUCUCCCUGAGGUAAAACCCUUGGUGUCAGAAUGAGCUGCGGUCGGCCUAAUCCGACGUUGCGCUCCACUGUGUCAAGGUAAAACCUAGCCGGAUACACAUUCCGAGCGCCUUUCUCCCUUCCACAAAGUCCCCUGCGAACGCAGGCUACAGGUGUUGAGAAAAAGGGCUGGAUCGCCGUCGCCAUUUUAAUGUAUAUUGUUGUGAGACAGCCACGAAUAAAAUUUUUAAUAGAGUACCAAGCUUGUGUGUAUAAAUUUAACUUCAAUAGAGUCCAGAUAAAAAUCCAAAAGAACCCUCUGUUUCGAGAACAGAUGAGUGAGGUUGGAGACAUGACUGGCCAUGCUAUGAAAAGAAUGCAAGACUAUUUGGCACAUUCCCGAGUCUAUGAAAGCUUAGGGGCUCGAUAUUUGAAAGACGAGUUCUCUGUUUUGGAAAAAAUCAAAGCUAUAAAUAAAAACCUAAAUAAGCUUGUGAAGCUUGAUAAAAAGAAGCACAGAGCGACCCUGCCAGUUCCUUUGGAUGCUAUAAGACGAACGUCUUCGCAUUCAAGCAUCGGGAGCAAUAGCAGUAGAGCUGCUAUGAAAGGAAGACGACAGACUGCUGUAAAAAAACUGAUUAUGAGCAGGCUGGGGUCGUUUGAUACAACAAAUAGCCGAAGUAAAAGUGUGAGUGAUAAUAAAAUGCCGCUUUCUCCUGGGUUAGAACUGAAUUCAAUGGACCGAAGGACCGCUUUGUCUUAUAAGGAAAACAAUUAA